UCUCGCCAUCUCGCCGGCUGUGUACAAACGUCAAACUUGAAGAAGCGCAGAGACGAGUGUUACGAGAGGUGGAUCGUAUGAAUGUUUAAAUCGUGAAGAUAUGAUAAUUGGACCUCUGGAUGCGUGAGGAAAUUGGAGAAACAUGUUACCCUAGCCUCGUGGAACGCCCUGAAAACCAAUCGAAACCCUGCGGUGUGAGAAAUAGAGUUGUUCCGAAUCUUUGACGUAACCUAAAAACCACAACCAAUCAUGCAGAGAGAACCGAAACCGGGUGCGGUAAAAUCUAACAGCGCGAAGAAAACACGAAAUGCUGGCACACCUGAAAAUCGCUCGCGUAACCCAUCUCAUGAUGUCACAAUUUCGGCGAUGAAUCGAACAACAAACUUUCGACACAGACCUACCAUGGGUCCUGGUGACAUAAUGAUCCCCCCAGGUCUGGUGACGAAAAGACGCGUAGGUGCGGUGGCCAGACUCAACAUGACCUUGGCCCAACAUCCGUCACAGCUUCCCAUGAAAGCGGAGUCCGAGUAUCCUGAAAAUGAACUGAGCCUUCUUUACGAUAAGUACCUGCGAGCUACAGCGACUGAGAUUCUAGUUAAGAAGAAAAUUGCCGAAAAGGAAUGUGCGAUGACUGCUCAGAUGGUUGCCGUUUCAAGCGAGAGACGCGUUGCCAAGAAGAAGGUCGAGGUGGCGAAACUGAGGGAAAGUGAAUUGAGAAGCGCAAACCUGAUGCAGAGCAGAAUCGAUGCCCAAUUAACGGACAUUACCGCGUCCUUUGAUGACCUUCGGAAAAAUAAGGUGAAGGAAAAAUUAUUGGACUUGAAAACGCUGCUCGAACCGUUAGACGAGCUGCAAUGUCAGGGUAUUGUCAUUCCCAACAAUCCAGAGGAAAGCUGGGAGUUUUUUAAAAGCUUAGAAGACAUUGGCGAGGUACUGAAGUGCAUACUGAAGUCAAACGGCAACAAGGAAACCACAUACCGGGAUCUUGCGGACGGGUUACAGAAUUUGACCGACAAACAAACGGAAAUCGAAUGCGUGAAAAAAAAAUUCGACGAUAUUCUCUGCGGACUUCAAGUCCUCGUUUUAAAGGAAGCCUCUGCAUCUUUUGCCGACAACGAUGCCGACGUGUCUUGCAACGUUCUAGCAGACUGACAUUAAUCAAUUAAUUUCCACCUGUCUCAGUGCGUGUUCAUACCGAUAAAGAUUAUUGAAAUAUAGCUAUUAAGAAUUUAAUAUUAUAUAUUUUGUACAAAUUCUCCUUUUAUAAUAAAUUAUGUCCU